AUGAAUCUGCAUAAAAUGCUGGAAAAACGUGUGGCCUGCUCUGGCUGUAGACAGCUAAAGGAUAUUCACACAGAUGUCGUGGAAUUGUGCGCGUUGCUGCAGUGUUUAGGGUUUACGGUAAAAUCGUUAGAGACUCGUGAUGAGAACACGAGUCAAGAAUGCGGUGUGCGUUGUGUGUCAGUCUCGUGUCAGGGAUCUGGUUUUCACGUGAGAUUGGAAUGUCCCGAUGUGAGAUGUUCCUGUCCAACGGACGUCAACAAAAAUAAUAGUGGUUUCUGGCAGGUAUCCGGUAUGACCGGAGGCAAACAACACAACACGGAGAGUGGGAGCGGCCUCUUAGGAUCUUUGCCUCGAGUGCAACGCGACCGAAUAACCAAAGAGCUCCAAGCAAUCAUAAAAUGCAUAAAAGAAUUCAACGAAUCAGAUGGCAAACCAAAAGAGGGCAAUAGAUCGACUAGUAUGCUGGAAUUGAAUACACCAGAAAAGGGAUUAUUGCACCUGAAAAUAGACACACCCACUCGGUACCGGUCCCUCGAUAUACUUACGACUAAUGAAGACGCGUCGCAGCCUGUAGGACCCCCGUUGAAGCAGCUCAAUAUGGAAAAAAAGGCAGCUAUUCUGACAAAGGUACGGAUGGGCUUCGAAAGACAAAGCACUUAUACCAUUUCCUCAACUCCUGGAAGCGUUCGAUGUCGGAACAAAACGUCUAGUCCAAUUCAGACACAAGCUUCAAUGAGUGUUAUGGAAAAUCUAAUUGCCGCAGAGAAAGGUGCCGAAGAAUUAAGAAUUAUUUUGGCUAGCGUAAUCCAAGAGUUAGGUGAAGAUGCCAAAAAUGAUUCGUCCUAUCUAGCUCUAGACGUUUCUAAGAUUUCUCUUCUUAAGGGAGCGGAGACAUCGAAAGCGCAAUUCUCAUCCAGUCCUAACUUGCAAAGCUUAGGCUCCGUGAGUGACGACGUAACUAGUAGGCUUAAAAGAUCGGAAUCUAGUGCGUCCGCAUCGACUCUCGCUGCGAAAGAUAAUAAGCAAUCCCGACUACGUCGCAUGUCACCUAGCCUCUUCAAGCUUAGAAGUGAAAACCCUACACCAAAACUCGAAAAAAAGCCUCAAGAAAGCAAAAUUAGUAAAUUUAAUAGUUUAUUCAAACCGAAGGCGACAGCAGCUGAUACAAAUAAAUCGAACACAGAAAACAGAAGUGCAAAUUCAAGUGCAACAAAGAAGAGGUUUAGUCAUGUGAAAUCUACCAUACCGAGAUCAUCUUUAUCUAGAAAAGAUUAA